GUUGAUUUUAAGAUUACGGGAGUUUUGGCCUUCUUUCGAGGUAUUCAAGAAUCUACAGCUUUGUUUGAGCCCACGACUUCGUGCUCGCCAUAUUCUAUUAUCGGCUUUGAGGUGAUGCAUAGUGUCAGUCGCCAUUCGGCCAAACUUUUGGUUUCUCAUUGGCUGUCUGAGGAAUCUUCGUACAAUUUACCAGGAUACGAUUUGGAAUCCUCAAAAACUGUACUUGUUAUACGAAUGAAAACGCCGGGUGUACUGGCUGGUGUUCCGUUCGUGAACGCCUUGGCUGAGCACCUAGGCUGUGCAAUUGAGUGGCACGUGAAGGAGGGCGAAGUAUUACCCCACGAAAGCUUGAAAGUCGCAUCGAUGACGGGGGCCACUGCUGAUUUGGUUCAUAGUGAGCUUUUAAUAAAGAAUAUACUGUCUCGUGCUUCUAGCAUUGCAACAUUUGCUUCAAGGCUUAAACGGUCAUUGGCUGAUUUCUCAUGGAAGGGGGAGCUUGUAUCUCCGUUUACUCACACUCCAGGCUUUGCUCUUGUUGAGGAAUACGCUAUGUUUGUUGCUGGUGUCCCAAGCUCCAGGAAUCUGUCAUCAGUUCUCUUACCUAUGUCACACAUUGAGGCUGCUGGUGGUGUUGCAAAUGCAAUAUCUGCCAUUAAGACUAAAGCUGGCAAGAACACUCAUGUUACUGUUGAAUGCGGAAGUUUGAACGAGGCAAAAGCGGCGGCUGAAGCUGGAGCUUCUUCUGUUAGGUUUGAAGGGUUGACUAUGAAGGAAUUGGGGAGUUUCUCGGCUGCCUUGAAAUCAGUUUAUUCAUCUCUGAUCAUUGAAGCAUCAGAGAAUUUUGAUGAAACGACUUUGCAUCAAUUCCUGGUUCCGGACAUCGACUGUUUAACGACGGGAAAGAUGUUCAAUGGAUAUCCCAUCCUUGACUUUAUUUUGAAUUACGAAACGGGCAGCUCAGCCUUCAAUACGCCUCUGCACGUUGGAUCGCAUAAGCGGACAAUCAGUAAUUCACGCCAAAUUUGUACUGGCCAUUUGAUGAAAUUGAUACUCGUUCCCGACCGUCUCUACCUUCUCUCCGAUGUGUGCGUUCUAGCAACCGCUGAGUCAGAACAAACCCCUGCCGACAAUGGUAAUUCCAACGUGGGCGAAGAAUCUGGGACUGUUGAUACGGAGCAAAUCAAGCGCUUAAAGUCUGAACCAGAGUCAGCGAAGAGUGGCAGAGAACCCAUCAAGCAGCACAAUUUGGAUUCUGAAAAAAACAAGCUCGCCACGUCUGGGACUAUUAGGACAAGUGAUAAGCUUAAUGGCAAUCUUGUUAGUCCUGCUCCUGCUAAUGCCGUUAAUAGAAAGCAUCUGCAGCAGAAAUCCGACCAAAAUCGAGGCCAGCGCUUCGAUAUCAACCGGCAUUAUCCAAACCCAGGAAAUAGGAGGUCUCAGCUUCACGAUAGAAACGACAAUCGCACGCACACCAACAACUCAGGUCUUUUAAGUUCGCGUCCCGCGGGUGGCAUUAUAACUCGAACCCUACAGUCACCCCAGCAACAGGCAGCAAGUACUUUCCUCCACCAGGCUCGCAUGAUGGCGCUCCUAUCGUCACGGCAAUCAGGGGUCCGUGUGGGGCCACAAUCACCACAUCAAUGUGGUCUUAUUGGAUCUGGUCCGACGUCAGGUCAACAGUGGUCGAUAAUGGGGGGUCCGCCACGCGCUCCCCAAUUUGGCGGUGGAGGGGGUAUUUGUUGUCGUAAUUGUGGAAUGCUGAGCGCUCCCGGUGUUCCAUACUGCAGAAGCUGCAGGGCGCCUAUUCGUUGA